AGUGGUGAGAUUGUUGAAAUGUUGAUGGACCAAGAAUUGAGUAGAACUAAUGUUUCGGUCAUUCCUAUAGUUGGUAUGGGUGGGAUUGGAAAGACAACUCUGGCGCAAAUUGUGUACAACGAUCAUAGACUUGUGGGUAAGUUUGAUUUGAAGAUGUGGGCUUCUGUAUCCAUGGAUUUUGACACCAUUAGCAUCACAAAGUCUAUUAUAGAGUCUGCAUCGGGGGAAAGAUGCAAGUUGUCUGGCCUUGAUCCUAUUCAAGUCAAUUUUCAGAAUUUGAUUCGUGGGAAGAAGUUCUUACUUGUGUUGGAUGACUACUGGAGUGAGGAAUAUAGGGAUUGGGAUCUGUUAUGUUCACCCUUCAAAGUAGGGGCUAGAGGAAGCAUGAUCAUUGUGACCACGCGCAGCACUAUAGUGUCGCGAAUUCUCGGCAGUGUUCCUUCGUAUUGUUUGAAAAGCUUGAAUGAUGAAAAUUGUUGGGAAUUGAUGAAGCGAAGGGCAUGUGCUAAUAGAAUUCUGGACAACGACUUACAAAUAAUUGGGAGGAUGAUCGCAACAAAAUGUCGAGGAUUGCCUUUAGCUGCCAAGACCCUCGGAAGCAUGCUGCAUUUCAAAGAUAAUCCAGUAGAAUGGAGAUCUAUUUUAGAAAGUGAAAUGUGGGACUUGCGGCAAUAUAAAAAUGACAUUUUCCCAGCUUUAACUCUCAGCUAUUAUUAUCUGCCACCUCAGUUGAAAAAAUGUUUUACUUACUGUUCCAUAUUCCCCAAGAAUCAUGCAUUUGAAGCAAAUGAGCUGGUCUUGCAAUGGAUGGCAGAAGGAUUCAUUCGUCCGGUUGGUAAAAUACGGCCAGAAGACCUUGGCAAUGAUUACUUCAAGGGUUUAUUGUGCAGGUCUUUGUUCCAAUAUUCACAUGUAAAUGUUCAUGGUCAAAACAUUUACAAAAUGCAUGAUCUCAUUCACGAUAUGGCUCAGUUAAUUUCUGCUCAUGCAUGUUUGCGCCAGAAAGAUAAUCAAGCAACUGAAGAAUGCACAUCAUGGAGAAACACUCGUCAUUUCUCUUUGCAUUUUCAAACUCUAGAACCAGUGAUUUUAAAGGGCUCCGCUUGGUAUAAGAACUUGAGAACUUUUAGAGUCAUCCAUGAGAAUUUUGGCAAUAUACAAGUUUCGUACGAUCUAUUCUUGAAGCUGAAAGCAUUAAGAGUGCUGGAUUUGAGCCGUCUGGGCCUUGAUGAGCUGCCUGAUUCCAUUGAUCACUUGAAACAUCUACGUUAUCUCAAUCUUUCAGAGAAUCACUUCAGAAAGCUACCUGAGUCAGUAACACAUCUUUUUGGUUUACAAACACUAAAGCUGGAGCAAUGUCUUCAACUUCUUGAGUUGCCGAGUAAGAUGAAGAACAUGGUUAGUCUGCGGCACCUUCAUUUGGAUGUAAAGCAGCUUAACUGUAUGCCAUCACAAUUCAAAAGGUUAGUUAAUCUUCAAUCUCUAUCAGCAUACAUUGUGGGAAGAAGUAGAGGAUAUGGUAUUGGGGAGCUGAAAAACAUGAGGUUGUUAAGAGGAUCCAUUUGCAUUAAGAAUCUUGAAAAUGUAUUUAAUGUGAAUGAGGCUAAAGAAGCCAUGUUAGACAGGAAACCGUUCCUUGAUAAGCUUGAAUUGGAGUGGAAUGACGUCGGACCCAACAACAAUGGUGAAGAAAUACUUACUGGUCUUCGUCCCCAUGAAAAUCUGGAGUUAUUGAUGAUAAACUACAGCGGGUUUUUAUUGCCUAGUUGGAGUGCAAGCUUUCAAGUAUCUACUUGUAGAGUUGCCGCCACCACCACAUCCUUACCCCUCUUGGGAAACUUCGGCAUCUAAAGUCUCUCAUCAUUGAAGACAUGUGUAAUUUGUCUCAUAUCGGUCCAGAGUUUGUUGGAUUUCCAUCACUGGAAUUUCUCACAAUAAAAGGCAUGCCGAAUCUGACCGGAGUGGAUUCAAUGGUGGCUUCCCUUGCCUUAGCACCCUUUACAUCAAUGAUUGUCCAAGGCUGACUAAUAUGCCAUCAUUUAUGAAUAUCAAUCUUCUUCGGUGCUUGAAUAUCAGUCGAUGCCCUGAGAUUCGCUCGUUGCCUCACGAUGGUUUGCCUGUUUCUCUUCAAGCAUUGACGAUUUUAGAAAGUGAUCUAUUAAAGAUAGAUGUAGGAUAGAGGAAGGUGAAGACUGGUAUAAGAUUAGAUUAAUUCCAAAGAUAGAGAUUGACUAUUUGGAGAUUACUUGGGAGAUGAGAAGAUUUUAGAAAAUAGUUGACUGAUGGUAUACAGAAACAGCAGAACUCCGUUAAUCGAGUUCUUGAAGCAAAUUUCAUUUGAAUUUUACAGCAGAGUGUCUUGUUCUAUUUCUCAUCGUGCAAGGAGGGAAAUAUGUACAAUUCUUUAUCGAGCUCUUGUUAAUGAGCUAAAUACAGCAGCUUCAACU